CUUAACCCCGCUGUUAUUGCGACUGGCUUCGCUGAGGAUGGUCAGCAAGUUCCCGCAGAAGGCCAGGUCGCCUCCUUAACAUCUAAGAACAACUUUAUCAACUUCUGCCUCACUGUCAAUAAGCCCAUCACAAAUGGCCAGCAGAUCAAGACCGGUUCGUGCAACCCAGCUCCGAUGGGUGUCAUCGCAGCGACUACGAACAUGCCAUCCUCGAAAUUCACUAACCCGAAGAACUUCGGUAAAGUUAAAGCCAACACGGCGUUCACUAUCGACAUGGCUAUCAACAACCUCGAGACGGGCAACUUUGUAAAUGCUGCGUCUAAUUAUUACAGCGCACCCCAGCAGGUUAACGCUCAGGGCAACAUCAUUGGACACACGCAUGUCGUUAUCGAGCCACUUGACAGUCUCAACCAGACGACUGCGACUGACCCGAGCAAGUUCGUAUUCUUCAAAGGUAUUAACGGUGCUGCUGUCAACGGUGUUGUAUCUGCGGAUGUUACCGAUGGCUUGCCUGCUGGCUCCUAUCGUCUGGCAUCGAUCAAUGCUGCGGCGAACCACCAGCCCGUGCUCGUUGCCGUUGCUCAGCACGGUUCUCUCGAUGACAUGAUCUACUUUACGGUCGAGUAA